AUGCCGCCCAAAGGCAGUGAAGGCCCACAGCCAGAAAGUACCAGCUCCGCUAGUACCAGUGCUGUCCACUCGUUCUUCACAGUGCCAGCUCCUAUCAAACGCCUUUUCGACCGCUUUCCGUUGAUCACGUAUUCCCCCAAUGACCUCCCGCAGCGGUGUCCGUCCCGGCGAUAUGAGAACCAGCUGUAUGUCUUUAGCGACGCGAAGAGCGCGCGCCAUGGUCGACCAUCAUUCAACCCGCAAUGUCUGAAGUGGCAGGCGUAUCUGAAAUUCGUCGGUAUCGACUUCGAGGUUACCCCCUCCAACAACCAUGCAUCGCCCACCGGCGCCUUACCAUUCCUUCUACCCGCUCUCCCCGCCGGUGCACCCGGUCCUAUUCCUUCACAUAAGCUUCAGAAGUGGGCCAUUGAACAAGUUCACUGUGAAGAAGAGCAGCAAUUGAACCUUCGGUUCGAAGUCUACGCAUCGCUGCUGGAUCACCGGUUACGCAAUGCCUGGUUGUACAUGUUGUAUCUCGACAGCGAAAACUUCGAGGCUGUUGCCCGCCGACUCUAUGUGAUCCCUGCAACAACAAAUACCAUCGUUCGCACCGCCCUGGGCAUACAACUUCAGCAGGCAGCGCGCGAUGAGCUUCUCAAGACAUCAAAAUACAUCGAUGUGGCCGAUUUGGAAGGAGACGCCAAGAGCGCAUUCGAAGCUCUGUCCGCCCUACUCGGAGAAGAUGAACAUUUCUUCGGCCGACAAAAGCCCGGCCUCUUCGAUGCCAGCGUAUUUGCCUACACACACCUUAUUCUGGACGAGGGCAUGGGAUGGAAGCAGAACCGACUCGCCCAACUACUCCGAGAACACACCAAUCUUGUACAACACCGGGAAAGACUGCUGCAGUUUUUCUAA